AGCCGGUUGGCCGGGUCGGUGUGAACCGGUGGGGAGCGGCCGCCCCCUCCCUUCCCCGUUCCCGCGAAGCCCGGCCCGCCGUGUCCCUCGGCGGCGCCCGUAGCGGCCGGAAGCGUUGCCAUGGCGCCUGGCGGCGGUGCCGGACGGCGGGUGAUGGCGCUGUGGUGGGCGGCGCGGGGCCGGGCCCCGGAGCGCUGGGCCGCGGAGCGGCGGCGGGAGCUGGAGGCACGCAGCCGGCAGCAGUGGGAGCGGGCCAGCCGCUCCUUCGCCCGGGCCGCCAUUUGCUGCUCCAAGCAGGCGCGGUGGAGCGCGCCACGGGCCCCCCCGCCCAGCCCGGCGGCGGUGCGGCGGGAGGCGGAGGAGGCGGCGGCGCGGCUGGAGCAGCGGCGGGCACGGCUGCGGCGGCUGCUCGGCGAGGAGCGGGAGGCGCUGGCGGCGGAGCUGCGGGAGCUGCGGCGGGGCCGCGGGCCGGAGGCCGUGGGGAUGCGGCAGCGGAGCGAGGAGCUGCGAGCCGGCCGGGAGGAGCGGAGGAGGAAGGUGGCGGAGCAGCUGCUGUACGAGCACUGGAAGAAGAACAACGCUGAGCUCCGUGAGGUGGAGUCGGAGCUGCACAGGAAGCACGUGCUGGAGGCUUGGGGUGAUCAGCUAAUGCAAAAAACCAAGCAAGAAGCAGCUGAACUUGAAGAGAAAAAACGUUAUGAAAACGAGUAUGAAGUUGCACGAAGGGAAGCACUGGAAAGAAUGAGACAAGAGGAAGAGAAGCGUCAGCUGGAAGAGAAGGAGCAAGCGGAGAUGUUGCUUCAACAAAUAGAAGAACUAAAAUUACAGGAGACAGAGGCAAAAAAGCUGAAAAAAGAACAAGAGAAUUUAUUAAAGCAGCAGUGGGAGCUGGAGAACUUGGAAGAAGAAAGGAAACAAAUGGAAGAGCAGCGGAAGAAGAGAGAGCUUGGUCGCUUUUUGAGGCAUCAGUGUAAUGCCCAGUUAAAGAGACGAGCCCAGCAGAUACAAGAGGAGCUGGAGACGGACAGGCAAAUCUUAUUAGCCCUCCUGGAGAAAGAAGAUGAGGAUCAGCGCCGCCAGUCCGCGCGACGAGAACGAGCUGUUGCAGAUGUUGCCUGGAUGAAACAUGUCAUUGAGGAACAGCUCCAGUUAGAAAAGGAGAGGGAGGCAGAGCUGCAGACUAUUUUUAGAGAAGAAGCUAAAAAAAUGUGGGAGAAGAGGGAAGAAGAAUGGGAAAGGGAGAAGGCGGCCAGAGAUCGCCUGAUGAAUGAGGUCCUUGCAGGCAGGCAGCGCCAGAUCCAAGAGAAGAUGGAGUUGAACAGGCGGGCCCAAGAAGAGUCUAUAAAGUAUCGAGAGCAGCUGAUUAAAGACCUUGAAGAAGCAAAAGAACUGACUAGGCGAGAGAAGGAGCAGGAGGAGGAACUGAAGGCAGCCCACAGGCAGGAGCUGGAAGCACAGCUGACAGAACGCCGCUUGCGAGACCAGGAGGAGCAGCAGCGCCAGAGGGAGGAGGAAGAAGAGGCGCGAUCAGCCCGGCAGCGCUGCGAGGAGCUGGUGCGGCAGGAGGCCAGGCGCAUGGCUGAACAGGGCUAUCGCAGCAGGCUCUACAGUUCCCCAAAAGCAGCAUGGACCUGAGGAUCCUCGUCCUUUGCACCUGAGGAACAAGCACUGCAUGCAGCUGCAGACUACAGAAAGAAAAGUUUGAAGAAUCAAGGAACUCCUGAAAUAACGGGGGCUUUGGAGUAGCCUACAAUGCUGAGACUCAACACUGUAGAAGUGAGAUUUCUGGAAAUAUUUAGCCGUGGACCAGGAACUGUAAAUGACCCUGUGCUGCGUUUGCUCUUGAAGUGUCAGACUGCACAGAGCGCCAGGAGCACAUCCAAAGAUGGGUGCCCCAUCAACACCGCAGGCUUUACUCAACUGGAGAAACCUUUUCCAAGAUCUUUUCUGUACAGAACCAGCAAAUAACCCCAAAUUUCACACACUGAAAGG